AUGUCUCCAUGGUCGUGCAAGCGAGCAGCGAGUGCGGCCAUCUGGGGGCUCACCCUCGCGUGCUACGCGCUCAUGCUCGCCCUGCCUCGUCGCCUCUCUGGCUACAUUGUCUUCCUCACCGCCUUCGCCUUCCUCAUCUUCUGCCAUGUGACAAGCCUAGAUGCGAGUGCGUGGAGGCGGGGCGACAUCGACUUCACGGGCACACUCAUGAUCGUCACUCUCAAGCUCGUGGGGGCCGCCAUGGACUGCCAGGACGGUGGCAAGCAGGACGGCAGCACGGAGCCGGACGGCAAGUCGUCACGCGCCAGCAGCGCCUCCCCCAGCGCGCUCCCCCGAGUGCCCCCGCUGCUGCCGUUCCUGGGCUUUGUCUUCUUCCCCGCCGCGCUGCUCGUGGGGCCGCCCUUCCCCCUCGCCGCUUACCACGACUACGUUGAGGGCAGAGGGUGCUGGGCCACGCUCUACCCGCACAAGCAUCCAUCUGCACCACACUCCCCCGCCUUCCCUCCGCGUGUGCUGCCGGCAUGCGCCGCACUGCUCAAGGCGCUGCUCUGCAUGGCCGUCUACCACACCCUCUCUUACCUCCUCCCGCCCUCCUCGCUCACCCAACCCGCCUUCUUCGCCCGCCCCUUCCUCAUCAGGUGCGGCCAGGUGGCGCUCACCCUCCUGGCGUACCGCUGGAUGUUCUACUUCAUCUGGGCCGUCGCUGAAUCCGCCCUCAUCCUCUCCGCUUUUGGCUUCUCGGGCUUUAAGGCAGCAGCUCCCAGCCACAGGGAGGGUGAUGGGGAGGCGAGGGAAGGAGAAGGCGGGCAGAAGCAGCAGCGGCUGGAAGCAGACUGGAGCAGGGCGAGCAACGUGAAAAUAUGGGUGGUGGAGGUCACGGGCAGUGCGGCACGACUGCCACCAAACUGGAACAUCGGAGUCAGCAACUGGCUGCGCACCUAUGUGUAUGACCGCAUGACCCCCCCAUCAGGAAAGCCCAACCUGACAACUCUCCUUGUGACACAAGCUGUCAGCGCGCUGUGGCAUGGCCUACAUCCAGGCUACUACCUCUUCUUCCUCUCAGCCGCCAUCGCUCAAGACGCCUCCAAAUUGCUGCACCGCCUGCACCAGUCCAUCCCCCCUCACAGGCGGUGGCAGCGCGGCAUGGCAUGGGUGGCACAGAUGCUCUACACACGUGUGCUCGUGGGGUAUGCGCCGCUGGGCUUCAUUCUCCUGCGGGCGGACCUCACAUUCAGAGUGUGGCGCUCUCUCUACUUCUUUGGCUCCAUCCUGCCUCUCCUGCUCUCCGCCUUGCUUCCUCCUCUCAUUCCUCCAUCCAACCGGCAAAAGAAAGAUCAAUGA